UCUAGAAAUCCACCGCAGAGAUUUUUGAGAUAAUAAGAAGAUCUUUAUAGUUCAGUGCUCAGCUCAAAUGUCAAAGGUGUGUGUGCGGAAGUGGUGGGCGGAGCCUACGUGAACCCGCAGGUGUAUGUGAACGCUCACCUGAGCGCGUUCGAGCGCGUGAACUCACCGCAAACGGAGUUUAAUCAUGAGUUUAUCAACUUCGGAGUCAUUCAGACAUUCAGCUCAUGCUUCGUAACAGAGUGGCAGCUUCACCUUGUAUACUUUCUUUAUUGUGCUGACAAACGUGUUUUUAAGAACGCAGUUUGAGAUGGAUUGAGAGAAGAGACGGUGAGAACAUGAGGAGAUGUGUUGAGGAAUAACAGAGCGAUAUCUUGGCAGAAUAAAGCAGCAGUAUGACGACACUCCUGGCCCUGGUCAGUGUGGUCAGCUUCAGACUGAUGGUCUGUGUUCACAGUGAGUUUAUCGAGCCGUCUCCAUCUCUGGCCCUGCGCUCGUUCUCCGGCACACAGACCCGGCUGCCCUGCCGCUUCACGGUGGAGGGCGAGGAGACGUUGGUGCAAGUGACCUGGUACAGAGAGAAACCAGGAGGAGAACGAGAACAGAUCAUCAUAGGACACUUUACUGAAGGACCUAAAGCGUCUCCUGAUUUUCUGAAUCGUGUUCAGUUCGAGAGCUCUGAACCGACCGUCGACUCCACGCUGUUGAUUCUGAACACAAAGAAAGCUGAUCAGGCCACAUACACCUGCCACGUCUCCAUCUUUCCGUCUGGAAACUUCGAGAGACAAAUCAGUCUGACUGUCUGGAUUUUGCCGAUCUCCUCUCUGGAGCCGGUGAUCCUGCAGGAAGGCCAGUCGUUCCGCGUGGCUGCUUUCUGUCGUUCGGUUGGACACCCUCUGCCGCGUUUGUCCUGGGACACAGACAUUCCCGGGCAGUCACAGAACCGCACUGGAGAGGAUGGAGUCGUAACCUCGCAGUUUUCCUUGUAUCCACUGCGCAGCAUGAACAAACAGCGCCUGGACUGUCUGGUGUGGCAUCCCGCUCUCGACGGCCCGCAUAGAAUCAGCAAUGAGCUCGUGGUGCACUAUCCUCCUGAUGCAGUGAUUGCUGAUUCUGGUUCCUGGAGAAUCGGACAUUCGGGGUCUGAGCUCAGAUGUGUGGUUAAAGGAAACCCGCUGCCGCAAAACGUCACGUGGAGCAGGAAGGACGGUCGUCUGCCAGCGGGAGUGUUGGUGAAGGAGGACAGACUGGUGUUUGUUCGGCCUCUGAACGUGACGGAUGAAGGCGUGUACAUCUGCCAGACAGCAAACAGCGUGGGGAUCGCUAAAGCCGAGUUUAAAGUGGAGAUCGGAAAACAUGCAUCUGAAUUUGCACACGCUCUGGGAAGCCCAUCAGAGACUCUGCUCAUCAUCGUAGGAGCGUCAGUCGCCGGGGUUUUGGUCAUUGUUAUAGUGAUGACCAUCGUUUUCGUCAACUGUCACCUCAGACGCAAGAACAGGAAGCUGAAGCGAGCGCUCAGCGUCAGAACGGAGGAGAUGAUCAGUCUGUCGCGACAGGUUUCCAUGAGGAGACUCAACUCCAUCAAUGGAGAUCCCAGGACAGCGCUGGAGGAGGGUUCACUGAUUCAGAUGGACAGUGUGAUGAAGGGCAGUGUCUUAUCGGUGGAGGAUCAUUCAGCGCUGAGUGACGUGAGAGGCAGACGUGGAGUCGGAGAGUAUGAUAGUCUGGGACGUCCCGCCAUCUACACGCCGUACCGGCCGGAGCGAUCCAGCAAGAUCAUGAGAGAGAGUGAGGAGGAGAGAAAGGAGCGCAGACGGAGAGUCGAGUCCUACGUCAAAUCCAGCAACAUGUCACUGGAUUCAGGGCUUCACCGGGAUCAGAGUUCUCCUCCUCCGUCCAUGAGCUCGGGUCUGACUGGAGAUGCAAUCGGUGAAGGAUGGAAGCGUGGCUCUCGCAGAGAGAUUCACCGAGACGUGCAGCGAGAGCGAGUUCCUGAAGGAGAAGAGGAAAGCUCCGCUGUGAACUCCUAUCAGCUAUCCGAGGCCGUUUCCAACUACUUCCAGUGCAGCAACGGCGGACUGACGCCGAAGGCAAACACUAACGGCAUCAUCAUACACUCGCAGAGAUCGGUCAUGUGAUCAACACUCGAUCCUUCCUGCAGCCCAAGCGUUGUGCUGAUCGUCGGUGCAUGCAGCUUGAUUAUCUGAGAACUCUUAAAGAGACAGUGCACAAAAAAUGAUCAUUCACUCAGUCAAAGCUGCAUGGUUUUCUUCUGAAGAAGCCUUUGCAAAGCAUUAAUGCUCAAAACAGUCGUGCAUAUCACUCGUGCACAAUAGUGCAAGUCUGCUGUAGUCUUGAUAAUCUUCAUUCUGCAAAGCACUCGAAUCGUUUGAGACGUUCAGUGUCGCUGAUGUCAAACCUGGACAUUUGGAGAAGAUUUGAGGAAACACUUUACAAAAAGAUUUCCUUUAGUUCAUGCUUUAGCUAAUAUGAGCUAACAAUGAAUAUAUAUAAUUUUAUUUUUUUCUCUUACAGCAUUUAUAAAUCUUUAUUAAUAAGAAAUAUGGUUGCUUAUUGUUAAACUAAAUCCAUGAAAAUUAAAAAAAUAAAUAAAAAUAAAUAUUUUAUUUCAGCUAGUUACAAAGGCAGAAUUUAUUACAACUAUAUAGAUAUUUAAAAAAACAAAAUGAUAAAACACUAAAGCCAUAAAAUAUAAAUUACUUGAAAUAAACAUAUGCUGCAAUAAAA